AUUAUUUCUGUUAACAGAUGUGUCUUAGAAGACAGCGUUUCGGAAAACACAAUUAAUCUUGUUUCCAACGACGCCCAAGUCACUGAGAAAUUGGGUCAUUAUGCUUUCAAUGCGUCAUUUGGAAUCCUGGAUGUAAUACUCGCUUUGAUUCUUCUGUGGUAUUUAGUAGCCUGGCAAGCUCUGAUAGGAGUUUUCUUCUUCGUCUUAGUCAUUGUCUAUAAUACCCUAGCAGGUCAUAAAUCUGGAAGGAUUCGCGCUAAAGCUGCCACACAAACUGAUAGAAGAUUGGAGAUAAUAAAAGAGAUUGUUUCUGGGAUCCGUUUGGUGAAAAUGUACGCUUGGGAGGGGAACUUCAGGAAACUGGUUGCACAAUUGAGACGGUGAGUAGUUUCUGUUAGUUAAUUGUUUAACAAGAACGGUACUUUGUUAGUUUGAAGUCGGAAGGUUUGAACAAUUUGCAUUAAAGAGGAUUCACGCUUAUUACAUGCACUGACCACCUCCCAUUCACGUUCGAACUAAAUGUUAAUCAUGUAUGAAAGAGGGUUAUUCACUUACAACUCCACCCACAAACCUAGUUGGUCUGCUAGUUUCCGCUUUUCAAGUUUUUCUGUCCCUAACAUUGAUGCUGCAUCAUCUCAGGGCUAGCAUGUGGUAGAACAGGGCUUUCAAAUUCUUUCAACCCUCAGCCUAUUGGCCAUGCCUGAGCUACACCAUGCAGAAACAUAAAGGGUUGAGCGGGGUAGCAAGUAAAUAUGACGCUCAUGCUAUCCUGUCAUAAACCAGCCAGUUGACAUGAAAUUACGACAGUGUUUGGUCUGUUUAGUGUGAAAAAAAAAGUUUCAAGUGAAUUACCCGCAUCAUUCAUUAAGGUAGAGUGCAUCAGCGCAAGAGAUUAUUACAGCAGUUUUUUUUAAAUGAACUCUUUUAUAUGCGAGAGCACCGUGUGCUCAAAAUUUUAAAAGGAAGGUUGACGAUCUGACUACUUGAACUCUUACGAACAAAAAUACUAUUGUGCAGAAAAGAAACGUCUCUGAUUCGUGUACGUGGGUUUUUUAUCUCCACUAUCUACCCCCUGUUCUUCAUUAGCCACACCAUUGCAGGGUUUCUAUCAGUUGCAACACUGGUUUUCAUGGAACACAGCCUGACAUCAUUCACGGUAUUCACACUGCUUUCAAUUUUAGCGAAUAUCAAGUUUUUUGUAACAACCUUUGGAGACAGUCUAAUAUGGUUUGCAGACUCGAUGAUUGCAUUAAGAAGAAUGCAGAGAUUGUUGGAAACGAAACGAGUCAUCGAAUCUAAACUAAGCAAACGACAGAAUAUGUCUCCUUUAAAAGUUUAUUUUAAAAGCAGGAGGUAUAAACCACACUUAGUUAGAACAGAGAGUUUCAAACCAGAAAAACCAGCCUUGAUGAGUCUUCAAAAGAUUGAGGACUUCCAAGCUGUCCAACCUCAAGCUGUGCUCGAAAACAUUUCCAGUUUGUGGAACUAUUCGUCAGAUCGCCCAGCAUUACAAAACGUUUCAUUGCAAGCUUCUAGUGGACAAGUUAUAGGUAUAACUGGACCAGUAGGGAGUGGCAAAACAUCUUUAUUGAUGACCAUCUUGGGAGAAAUUCCAAUAUCAUCUCGUCAAAUGUCUUGUACUGGAAAAAUGGCUUACGUCUCCCAAACGCCUUGGGUCUAUUCUGGCACGGUGAGAGAGAACGUUCUAUUUGGUAUGCCUUUCGUGGCAGAAAAGUUUAAUAAGAUCAUCGAAGUGUGCGACCUAGGAAAAGAUCUAUCAAGAUUUCCAAAACGUGAUCUCACGGAGAUAGGGCAACGUGGAGUAAUCCUGAGUGGCGGUCAGCGUGCACGAGUGAGUCUGGCACGUGCAAUUUACUCAGAUGCUGAUAUGUACUUACUAGAUGAUCCUCUCAGUGCAGUGGAUGCCAAAGUCGGCAAACAUUUGUUUGAAAAAUGUAUUGACGGAUUUCUAGCUGGGAGGGUGCGUAUUUUUAAUUUGGUGACACACCAAUCACAGUUCCUCCAACAUACAGACAACGUUGUAGUACUUCACAAUGGUUCCGUAGAGUACCAA